AUGGUCACGAGAUUAGAAUCCUUACCAACGGAAUUAUUCUUUGAAUUAUUUCAAUAUCUGUCAUCAAUUGAUUUGUAUCGAUCUUUGUAUAAUUUAAAUACGUAUAUUAAUUCAUUACUAUAUCAUAUUGAAUGGAAAAUUAAUCUUCUUAAUGUUUCUAUUGAAAAUGAUCAAAUAUUACGUCAUUAUUUGAUACCAAUAUUUUCUAAACAAAUAACAUCGGUUAAAAUUAGUAUGAAUGAUUAUGAAUCAUAUCUUCAAUUAAUACAAUUUGUUAAUUUAAAAUAUCUCAAAUUAGUUAAUCUAACAGUAUGUCCUAUUCAUAUUUUUUCAUCAUUUAAUCACUUAUCAUCAUUGGACAUUUUUACGUAUGAAUUCAAUGAUAAUUUUAAUUUUGGUGCUAUAUUAUCAAUUUCAACAUUAAAACGAUGUUCACUUUCUACAACAUGUUUUUUUACAUAUUCUAAUUUAACAUCACCAUCAUCUACUUCAAAUCUUAUAUAUUUAAAUAUUAAUCAAUGUUCAUUGAAUGAUUUAUAUGUAAUACUAAAACAUGUUCAAAAACUAAAAUAUUUAAUUAUUCAAAUGUGUGAUGAUAUUAUAGAAACAUUUUCAUUAUCAGAAAAUUUUAUAUUACCAUCAUUAAUUUAUUUUAAAUUAAUUGUUCGCUCCUAUUUAAAAUUUGAAGAAUUAGAACAAUUACUUAUGUUAUCAUUUAUCACUUUAAAACAUUUAAUAUUUUAUUCAACAAUAAGUGAAUUUACUAAUAGUAAAAAAUGGAUAAAUCUUUUAAUGAAUUUAAAUAAUUUAAAAAUAUUUGAAUGUUUUAUGUCACAAUCUGUUCGUGGUAUAGAUGAACAAGAACGACAACAAAUUCAACAAUCAUUUCAAACAUCUUAUUGGUUAAAUUGGAAUUUAACAUGUGAUUACAACAAUCAUAUACUUCGAAUAUACACAUCGAACAUGAGAAAAAUUCCUUAA